AUUAUCAUAGGUUAUAUACCUUUAAAAUAUUUAUUUAGAAAUAAAAUUGUUUCAAACACUUUCUCCUUAUUUGUUUCUUCUGAGUUUCUUAUAAAUAGACCUUUUCCAACUAAAGCAGUGCCAUGGCAGUACUAUAGGAGUUUAAUCGUUAACGGCAACUACCAAAAUGAAUUGUUAAGUGUAAUUUAAGUGUUUUUUUUUAAUAAAAACUCAAAACACCUUCCAACCGAUUAUUUCAUAAUAAUAAUGGAUGAAGACGAUUCAAUUGGUUAUUCACAUCAAAAGCUACAAUCUCUGUUACAAUUAUCAAACAACAAAGAUGUAACUGUUAAAAAUUACAUUAAAUCAGUUACUUAUCAUCCUGUUAAAGAUUUUCAAAAUGGAUUGGAGUGGUUUAAUGUAUCUGAACCUUUAUUUUUUUCAAAACAUCUAAAAGGCAAAGUCGUAUUAUUAGAUUUUUUUACUUAUUGUUGCAUUAAUUGUAUGCAUAUUUUGCCAGAUUUAAAAGAUUUAGAAAAUGAGUUCUCAGUUGAAGAUGGAUUAGUUGUGGUUGGUGUACACAGUGCAAAGUUUGAAAAUGAGAAAAAGUCUAAAAAUAUAUUGGCAGCUGUUCAACGGUAUAACAUUACCCACCCUGUUGUUAAUGACCAUCAGAUGACAAUGUGGGAAAAUUGUGAUGUCCACUGUUGGCCAACUUUAUUACUGUUAGGACCAAAUGCUAAUCCUCUUGUUAUGUUGACUGGAGAAGGCCACAAAGAACAUUUGCACUUUUAUAUUAAAAAUGCUUUAGAAUAUUACAAAGAUCAACAAAAAAUAUCCAAUCAUAAAAUACCACUUAAAUUGGCAUGUCAUUCACUAAUUGAUAUUAAUAGUCCAUUGUUAUUUCCUGGUAAAAUUGCUAGCUGCAUAAAUGAAGAUGUAUCAUUAGAACAUUUAGCUGUAUCUGAUACUGGUAAUCACAGAAUUCUUUUCCUAAAAAAUGAUGGAACAUUACUAAAACAAAUUGGAAGUGGAAAUGCAGGCUUUAAGGAUGGAAACUUUCAAAUAGCUGAAUUCAAUGCACCACAAGGCUUAGUUUUUGAUGGGAAAGAUGUUAUUUUUGUUGCUGAUACAGAAAAUCAUGCAAUUCGAAAGCUUGAUUUACAAAAUGAGAUUGUAAAAACUGUUGCUGGAACAGGUUUCCAAGGCAAUGAUUAUAAAGGUGGUAGGAAAGGAAAAGUUCAGGAAAUAUCAUCGCCAUGGGAUGUUUGCAUUUAUAAUAUAACAGAUGAAAAAGAUUCAAAGCAGAAAAAAGUCCUUAUGAUUGCAAUGGCAGGAACUCAUCAAAUUUGGGCUUUAUUCUUAGAUGAUACAGUAUGGUGGAAGAAUCAAUCAUACAGUGCUGGAACUUGUGUUGCUAUUGCUGGAUCUGGACGAGAGGAAAACAGAAAUAAUCAGUAUCCACAUGCAGCUGGAUUUGCUCAACCUUCAGGUCUUGCAAUUCAUAGUAGUAAUAAAGAAAUCUAUAUUGCAGACAGUGAAAGUUCAAGUAUUAGGAGGCUAUCAUUGUUGGAUGGAAAAGUAACCUGUGUAGUCGGAGGAGAUAAAAAUCCUAAUAAUUUAUUUGCGUUUGGCGACAAAGAUGGAAAAUUACAAGAGGCAAAGCUACAACAUCUUCUUGGGUUAGCACUAGCCAAUAAAGCCGAUAUUUUAUUUGCUGCUGAUACAUAUAAUCAUAAACUUAAAAGAGUUGAUAUCACAACAAACACAAUUUAUACAUUAUCGGUAGCGGGUUUGAAUGAACCCGGUGGCGUAACUGUCAGUUUUGAUGAUAAAAAACUUUAUGUUGCUGACACUAAUAAUCAUUGCAUCAAAAUAGUAACAUUGGAUGAUAAAUUAUCUGCUGUUACAACGACAACAUUAGAACUGAACAUGUCUCAACAUCCUCUUAAAUUAUCAGAAUUGGCGGCUGCGAUGAGUUCUAAAGUGCCUACUUAUAACAGCAAAACAAUUACUAUCAGCGAGAAAGGAGGAAAGCUGAAGUUAAAGUUCAAUUUUAAUUUCGUAAAAGGACUAAAACUCAAUCCAGAAUCUGUUCAGAAAUGGUCGGUUAAGAGUCCCAACAAAAGAUGGUUCAUUGCACCCACAAGUGGAAAUAACAUUAAUAACAUUGAUAUUAUUUGUAAAGUUUCUGGACCUCAUCUUGAUAAAGAUAAUUUAGAUUGUUUUUUUCAUCUAGUUACUUGCACAGAUGAAUUUUGUAUACCAAAAAAAUUUGUUAUUCGUCAACCUCUUCUUUUUCAGGAGGGCGCUCCUUCCACUUUAGAGAGUAUUCUUAACGUAGAAGUAGAUCCGCUUCAAAUUUUAAUAAUUGAUAAGUUAAAUUAAUAUUGUGACAUUAACCAGAACUAUACAUCAGAGAGAAUAUGUGAACUAAUAGUUAAAUUAAUAAUUUGCGCUAUUUUAUCUAACAAGUAAUAAAUGAAAAAUAGAUUUGAACGCAAAAUCA